AUGCGGUUGUAACAAACACAAAAAGAAGAGGACGAGUAAACAAUUCGGCUUGGUAAUGAGAGCCACUUUGUAAGCGACUUUUCCCGUCUUAUUCAAAAGUCUUAACUUGAUUGCACCGCGUUAAAUGCUCCAAUUUUAACAAAUAAAGGACAAAAUGGAGGAGGAGGGGGAGGAGGAGGCGCAGAGGAACUACUGCAGGAGAAUGAUUUCCCAUCUCAAAAAGCAGCACCCAGACUCCUCAGAGAAGAGGGAGACAGGAAAGAGACGCAAAGAGCCCCGAGAGGAGAGACUGAAAAGGCAGACGACUUUAAGUGGAAGACAAGCUGGAGUGCAGAUAGGGCAUGGGACUGCUGAUCACAGUGUGUGUAUCCUCCCUGUGCCAGAGCCGGCGACCAGAGAGGGAGCCCUGACCUCCCCCAGCCUCCCGGUCCAAGGUCCCCCUGUCCAGCUGGUGCCCCCUCAGCUCAUCUCACUGCUCCGGCACAAAACUUUCAAGGAGGAAAUGAAGCGGGCUGUGGAGGUGGAGCUCCACGACCCCGCUGUCUGCAGCAUGUGUGAGCAGAAGCAGGCCUCUGUGGCCUUGAGCACUUUUAUCAGGAGGAAGAAGACACAACUCGAUGUCCAAACACUGGAGGAGAGACUAAACACAAAACUUAUGCUUCAGAGGCAGUUUGAGCCUAUUGGGGGAGUUUGUGCACAACCCUCCAAAGUCCUUCAAUGCCCCUCACAGGAUUUGGGAGGAAUUACUAGGGAGAGAUAUGCGGGUCACAGCAACCUGGAGUUGCCUUAGCAACAAGUCAGGAACAUUGAGUUGCCCUGGCAACAGAUGAGAUGAGGGGUUACCCUGACAAAAACGCAACAGGAACUCAUUUAGCAAGACCUUGCUGUCCUUUUUCAGACAGAUAGCUCCAGGCAUGACAGGCACAGUAUUAAUGUGACAAAAGCGGCGAUGUGAUGGUGGAGUCAAGGGUGUACCGAGCCCUUUAUUUUGAUGUUUUUACUGUAUAUAUCCAACUGUAGACCCAAUAACCAUUGACCCAUAUGUUGAUGAUGAAGGGGUCCUCAAUUUCCCAGCUUCUCAAGUACCAUUGUCUACGGUUCUACUGCGAAAUGCGAUGAGAAGUGUGUCUUACCUUUCUCAACACUUUUGGUUUGUACAAAAAAGGACAUACUGACUAACUUCAGUACAAAACAGCCAUUUAUUUUGUAUCAUUGUAUUAAAGUUUAACACACAACACUA